AUGUUAGAGCAUAUUCUUUACAGGGAAUCGCUGCAAAACCAACAUCAAGUUCAGCAGCAAUUACCUCUACAACAACCUCUUCAGCAACAGCAAAACUCGAAUAUAAUGAAUCCGUUUAUAAAUGGGACCAUUGAUAUCUUUAACAAUCAGUCGAAUGCUCUUUAUAACACACCUCGUUAA